UGGAAUGGAUAUAAUUUUGGACUUUUUCAAGUUUUUAGUAGAAGAAAUUAUUCCUAAUUUCAAUUUGGAGGAAGUAUCUGACAUUAUUGUUGCCUUGAAAAUGUUGACUAAGUCGGUUUAUAAGAUUGCUGAAUGCUACUACAAAGAGCAAGUUGAUGACGACGCAGGAGAUGAUGUGGGUGGUUCUUUGGAAUAA